GUGGACUGUCAAUCUUAGAUAUAUUCUUCAAUGAUAAGUUGGCAGCCCCUUUACCAGAAAUACCUCCAGAUGUUGUGAGAGAAUGUAGAUUGGGACUGCAGGAGGAGAACCCUUCCAAAAAAGUCUUUGAGGAAUGUACUAGAAGGAGAAACUGAGGCCAUAGAGGUUGGAGUUGUCCAUAACUACUUAAGAGGGGAACCAUUUGAAGAAUACCAAGAAAGCUCAUAUUUUUCUCAGUUUUUACAAUGGAAAUGGCUGGAAAGGUUUGUGCCUGUCAAGUGCGAGCCACAGGAAAAAUGUAUGCCUGUAAAAAGCUACAAAAAAAAAGAAUAAAGAAGAGGAAAGGUGAAGCCAUGGCUCUAAAUGAAAAAAGAAUUCUGGACAAAGUGCAAAGUAGAUUCGUAGUUAGUUUAGCCUACGCUUAUGAAACCAAAGAUGCCUUGUGCUUGGUGCUCACCAUUAUGAAUGGAGGGGAUUUGAAGUUUCACAUUUACAACCUGGGGAAUCCCGGCUUUGAUGAGCAGAGAGCUGUUUUCUAUGCUGCAGAGCUGUGUUGCGGCUUGGAAGAUUUACAGAGGGAAAGAAUUGUAUACAGAGACUUAAAGCCUGAGAAUAUUCUCCUUGAUGAUCGCGGACACAUCCGGAUUUCAGACCUCGGUUUGGCCAUGGAGAUCCCAGAAGGGCAGAUGGUGCGAGGAAGAGUUGGAACAGUCGGCUACAUGGCACCUGAAGUUGUCAAUAAUGAAAAGUAUACAUUUAGUCCCGAUUGGUGGGGACUUGGCUGUGUAAUCUAUGAAAUGAUUCAGGGACAUUCUCCAUUCAAAAAAUUCAAAGAAAAAGUCAAACGGGAGGAGAUUGAUCAAAGAAUCAAGAAUGAUACUGAGGAGUAUUCCGAGAAGUUUUCAGAGGAUGCCAAAUCUAUCUGCAGGAUGUUACUCACCAAGAAUCCAAGCAAGCGGCUGGGCUGCAGGGGCGAGGGAGCGGCUGGGGUGAAGCAGCACCCCGUGUUCAAGAACAUCAACUUCAGGAGGCUGGAGGCAAACAUGCUGGAGCCCCCUUUCUGUCCUGAUCCUCAUGCCGUUUACUGUAAGGAUGUCCUGGAUAUCGAGCAGUUCUCGGCAGUGAAAGGGAUCUACCUGGACACCGCAGAUGAAGACUUCUACGCUCAGUUUGCUACAGGGUGUGUCUCCAUCCCCUGGCAGAAUGAGAUGAUCGAAUCGGGGUGUUUCAAAGACAUCAACAAAAGUGAAAGGGAGAAAGCUUUGCCAUUAGAUCUAGACAAGAACAUACAUACCCCGGUUUCCAGACCAAACAGAGGCUGCUUCCAUAGACUCUUCAGAAGAGUGGGCUGCCUGAGCAUGGUCCCCAGUGAGAAGGAAGUGGAACCCAAGCGAUGCUGAGCAUCCCCGUGCAGACCGCAGAGCAGACCCUGGCGCCAGGAAGGAGCAGGUGUUGGCGUCUCCUCCCAACUGGAAUUGUAAUAAAUACAUCGAAAUAAAACGUGCCUUGGGAGCGUGCAGA